AUGGGAGACACAGAUAACAUCGUCUUCGGUGCGAGAACCCAUCCUGAGAGGGAUGAGCCUCUUCCGGAUAACAGGAUCUCCGUUUGGUCUGUUGGGGAUCUUGGAAAUGUGGGCCUCAACGGGGAAUAUCAAGGAGAACCUCAGCUGCUGUGUGACAUCAGGCACAACGGCGAUGUUAUGGACAUGCAGUUUUUGGAUCAAGAGAGAAUCGUGGUUGCCUCAUCAACAGGAACUGUAACUAUAUUCCGUCAUCAUCAAAAUAACCAGACUUUGUCCGCCAACCAGCGGUGGGAGAAAGCCCAUUAUCAUGUGGAUCAAGACACGUCUUGUGGUGGAGCAGCAUGUACCGGAGUCAUCUGCAACAACCCAGAAAUUGUCACUGUUGGAGAAGAUGGUAGAAUAAAUCUCUUCAGAGCUGACCAAAAGAGUGCAGUAAGAACUAUAGACAAUGCAGACAGCAGUACGCUCCAUGCAGUGACUUUCCUUCGCACAACUGAGAUCUUGACAGUAAAUUCAAUUGGACAGUUAAAAAUAUGGGACCUCAGACAGCAAAGAAAUGAGCCAUCUCAAAUAUUUUCUUUGACAGGUGACAGAGUUCCACUGCACUGUGUGGACAGGCAUCCCAAUCAGCAGCAUAUUGUGGCCACAGGGGGCCAGGAUGGGAUGCUGAGUAUAUGGGACAUCAGGCAAGGUACUAUGCCAGUGUCCCUGCUAAAUGCUCAUGAAGCAGAAAUGUGGGAAGUUCACUUCCAUCCCUCCAACCCUGAUCACUUAUUUACGUGUUCUGAAGAUGGAUCUCUUUGGCACUGGGAUACUUCCACAGACAUAUCUGAAAAACCAUCUUUUCUUCAUCAAGGAGGAAGAAGUACUACCUAUUUUUCCCACAGUACCAUUAACCAGUCUGUAGUAAGUGCCUGGCUAAGCAACGAUCCUACCAAAGACCGCAUGGAAAUCACUAACUUAAUUCCAAAUCAGACUUUGUCUGUGAAUAGUUUAGAUAUUUUAGGACCAUGCCUAGUAUAUGGUACUGAUGCAGAGGCUAUUUACGUGAACAGACAACUUUUUGCAUGAAACGACUCCAGUGUCCCUUUGAAGUACUGAUCACCUUGAACUACUGGAAAAUGUCAGGUUCGUUCUUAAGGAUACUGAUUAGUCUGUUAUCAGCAGGUGGGGGAGAGGCCUACAGCUUGGUCCUGGUACUGCAGAAGAAAUGUAAGGUACCUCAGAUUCUGACAGCUGUCACUUGUUAUUGAUGCUCCAGGAUGGGUAACAUUUCCUCCCCAAUGCCUGUUUGGUUUUGGUAAGCAGGCAGGUAGUCACUAGGGCAAGAUAUUUGCUGUAAACUGAUGUCCAUAAUACACACC